GUAAUGAGUAGCCUGGGCCAGAGGAGACAAGGGACUGGAGCCUCAGGGGCCAGAGGUGCAUUCUCCACAGGGCCUGUGGCCAGUAGUGGCUAUGGGGCUCUGCCCCGAAGAGCAAUACUGGGAUGAUUUGCUAAACAGAUGCAUCUCCUGCAAGUCAGCCUGCAGCCAUCGGAGCCAGCGCACCUGUGCAGCCUUCUGCAAGUCCCUCAGCUGCCGCAAGGAGCAAGGCAAGUACUAUGACCACCUCCUGAGAGACUGCAUCAGCUGCAUCUCCAUCUGCGGGCAGCACCCCAAGCAGUGUGCACAUUUCUGUGAGAACAAGCCCCGGAACCGAGGGAGCCUCCCUCCAGAGGUCUGGAGACAGCAGGCUGGGGAGGUGGACACCAGGUCUGAUAACUUGGGACGAUCCCAGGGAUCGGAGCACAGAGGCUCGGAGACAGGUCCAGCACCCCUAGGACCAAAGCUGAACAACGAUCAGCUGGCCUUGGUCUACUGCACACUGGGGCUCUGUCUCUGUGCCAUCAUCUGCUGCUUCUUGGUGGUGGUGGCCUGCUUCCUCAAGAAGAGGAGUGAUGUACUCUCCAGCCAGUCCCCCACAGAGCUGUGCAGAGCCCAAGACAAGUCCUCUCACAAGCCCACGACGAAAGUUGGCCGCCCUUUAGACGCGUCGCCCGAGCCGGUGGAG